UCGUCAAAUCCCGCGAGAUCUCCAGCGGCCAGCCACGCAGGGGACCACUGUAUCCGGGCACCGGAAGCUGGAUGAAACCCGCGGGAACGGAGGAAGUUCCGAGCCGGGGUGACCUGCGAGCGUCCUGGUCGAGCUCCCGGCGACACCGGCGGUAUAGCUUGGGACACUAGAGUAGGGGAUACCCGAUCACAGGAAUUAUUUUAUAUAGAGGUCUUGUGAAACCAUUGCAAAAAUCAAGUGAUGAUCAUACAAAGAGUGGUACUGAAUUCCCGACCUGGGAAAAACGGAAAUCCAGUUGCAGAGAAUUUCAGGGUGGAAGAAUUCAGUUUACCGGAUACUAUCAAUGAAGGACAAGUUCAAGUGAGAACUCUUUAUCUCUCUGUGGAUCCUUACAUGCGCUGUAAGAUGAACGAGGACACUGGCACUGACUAUUUGGCACCGUGGCAGCUGGCGCAGGUGGCUGAUGGUGGAGGAAUUGGAGUUAUAGAGGAAAGCAAGCACCAGAAGUUGGCUAAAGGCGAUUUUGUGACUUCUUUUUACUGGCCCUGGCAAGCUAAGGCAAUUCUAGAUGGGAAUAGCCUUGAAAAGGUAGACCCACAACUUGUGGAUGGACACCUUUCAUAUUUUCUUGGAGCUAUAGGUAUGCCUGGCUUGACUUCCUUGAUUGGGAUACAGGAAAAAGGUCAUAUAUCUGCUGGAUCUACUCAGACAAUGGUUGUCAGCGGAGCAGCAGGUGCCUGUGGGUCUUUGGCUGGGCAGAUUGGCCACUUGCUUGGCUGUUCCAGAGUGGUGGGAAUUUGUGGAACGCACGAGAAAUGCCUCUUUUUGACCUCAGAGCUGGGGUUUGAUGCUGCAGUUAAUUACAAAACAGGGAAUGUGGCCGAACAGCUGAGAGAAGCGUGCCCGGAUGGAGUGGAUGUUUACUUUGACAAUGUUGGAGGUGACAUCAGCAAUGCGGUGAUAAGUCAGAUGAAUGAGAACAGCCACAUCAUUCUAUGUGGACAGAUUUCUCAGUACAAUAAAGAUGUGCCCUAUCCUCCUCCACUGCCCCCUGCUGUUGAAGCAAUUCAGAAGGAAAGAAACAUCACAAGAUCAAGGAGACUGUGGCAAACGGCUUGGAAAACAUGGGAGUUGCAUUCCAGUCCAUGAUGACAGGAGGCAACAUAGGGAAGCAGAUCGUCUGCAUUUCAGAAGAUUCUUCUCUGUAGUCUUGGUGUAUCUUCAUCAAAGAAGCCCUCCAUUUUUCACUUUCCACAAAGAUUCUUAAGAUACAUUUAAAAAAUAACCUUUUGGUACACAUAGUUCUCAAUUCCAGUGUGGUAAUAUUUUCUUUAUUGUAUAACCACUUUCUCUUCACUAUCAUAUUUGCUAUACACUUAACAUGUGAUUGCUUGCCAUAAUGCAGGGGUUCUCAACCUGGGGGUCAUGACCCCUUUGAAGGUGCUAAAUAUCAGAUAUCGUGCAUAAUAGAUAUUUACAUUGUUAUCUAUAACAGCAAAAUUACAGUUACAAGGUAGCAACCGAGUAAUUUUAUGGUUGGAGGUCACCGCAGCAUGAGAAAUUGUAUUGAAGGGUGUAGGAAGGUUGAGAACCAGUGCCACAAUAGAUUGAAGUUAGUAUUAUUUGUUUUUCUGUCUUUUUUACUUUAUUUUUGAGGCAAGAACUCUAAAACAAGUUCACAGUGGCCUCUAACUUGU